CACUCGGCAUCGCGACAGCCAUCGAGUCGCUUUGCACUCAUUCACUCCAGUCCACAGCCGACUGCCGCGGCGAUCGCACGCGGUCUCUUUAUCGACGCGCCUCAGAUGUUAGUGUACGAUUACGACAUCGCGGUACAUUUUGAACUUUUACCGUGACAGUGAAUUGGAUUGUUUCGAAAAUGGGUUAAACGCCCUCCCGAACGUAAUGAGUCCGGGCGAGCGCGCCGCCCUAGGGCGCCGCGAACCCGCUCGCCCUCAGUAUGCCAACACAGCUCCGGGUUUCCCGCCACCCUACUAUCCGCCCUAUGGUGUGCCGCACCCGAGUGCGUGGCUCGGCGCCCCUCUCAUAUCAAUGGCCGGUCGUGCACCAGCACAAUCCCGGAAUACACCUGUUUCGAAGUUGGCUAUGCAAGCGCAGGGAGCACCACUAAUUAUACAAAACAGAAAAAAGUUCAACAUCGGAUUCGAUCAACGCAACCAGCGGACACAACAAGGCCAUACAGAAAAUGUGCAACGAGACAGGUGUGAACUUACUGACGGAAACAGGGCGCGAAACCAGCAACAGCAAACGCGUUCUGCGCGAGGCGGACGUAACAACAACACGGAUGCGGUCAGUGUCGCGAGCGAUGAAAGUUCCGGCUCCGCUAACUCAGAAACCAUGCUACCCAGGAUAAUAAAACCAAGAAAACGACGUAAAAAGGAUAGGAAGCCGAACAACAUCGUACCGCACGAUUUAACGACUACUUUAGAUCUCGGCGAAGUUGAUCAUUGUGCGGUUUCAAACAUAGGGACGCACGGCAUUUAUGAUGAAAGUUAUUGUCGCGAUAUGUCUUUACCGUAUCGCUUAGAUGUCAAAGUACUGGAGUAUCCGGAACCGGCACCGACCCCGUAUCGAGUAACAGCACUCGGAGAGGCAUUAGAAGCCACUCGUUUUGGUAUAACCGAGGCUGUUUCACCAGCAGAAUCCGCAGUUAGUUCGUGUCAGUGUCGGCUUUGCGACCCCGUUGGACAAAUUUGGGAUGCAGAUUCCAUUGCUGAUCUACUAGAUGAAAAUUCUAGUGGUGAUUUCACACCUACAAAGCUCGAAGAUUCUAUGAAAGUAGUCGGACCACUAGGACGACGAGGUGCUGAUACAACGUUACGAAGAAGUUGGAGCGAUCCGUCAUCUCGGGUCCCUGAAAGACGUGACAUCGGCAAUAGCGAUAAUUAUUCAGCACCUAAUUUGUAUUCGUUAUUCCCACCGGCCAGACAAGCCAGUUCACCAGAACCUCGAUCACCUUUGGCGCUGGAAAUAUCUUCGGAAAUUGUUACGUCCAUGAAUGGUCACCGCGACUUGGAAAUAAAGUUAUUCUCGACCUCGCCCCCGGCUAUGAACUCCGACCGACGCUCCUUUUUCGCAGAUAAAAGUGAAAGUGCCGUGAACAGAUGUACAGUCGAGCGCUACGAUUUCAAAGUGAACAGUGCUGUGAAUAACGAAUUCGAUUCAUGUGUCAAAGUUGAAAAGCAAAAGAGUGAUGUGUCAGACGAGGGUUGUUCAGUGGCACUGAUGAACGGCAAACCCUCACGCAACAUUUGUGAUCUAAACUUAGUUUCUGUGUGAGGCGUUUGUCGUCGUUGUAGAACGUUUGUGUCGUCUUUGUAGGCUGCUAGACUCAUAAUUCAUUUGAGCUGGACUCAAAUUGUCACAGCGAGGCAUACACGGAGCGUCUCAACGAGACCAGAAAAUUGAACUUCGAGAUCUCCGAAUCGGUUUCCUGUAGAUUCUACAAUUAAUUUAUUGUUAACCUAGCGUAGGAAACUAUGGGGAACUUUAUCUGGAAACACAGUGUGUCCUUUUUUUUAUAAUUCGCCGCUUAUCACGAUGCCUUCGACUUUCAUGUUAGCCAUUAGAAAAUAAACUUUUAAAACGUCGUAUUAGUUAUAAACGUACAGUUAUAACUCGCGACUUAGCGACGAGUAAUAUACCAGUGUAGGUAGGUCACCACGACGUCUCGAUUCAACUAGUUAUUUUCGAAGCCGCACAUAAUGUCAAUGUAAAAAAACACAGUCAUGAUUGCUUGUAUUAUAAAUCAAUUUGUAUCGUAAGGGGGAUGAAUGUGCCGUAAUAAUUCGCGGUGUGCAAUUAGCGUUUCAUACUACUGACACGGUUCUCGCGGUGUGGCGCGUUCGCUAUUGCGGUUUCCCGCGGUUUUCACCGCGCGCGUCGUUCCGGGUGGCGCCUCCAGCGAGCGCGCAUCUCUUUACCGCUAAUCGCUUUUUCUCCACACUCGUUGCCAAGCUCUCUCCGGCCAUUAUGUUUAACAGCCUUAUUGAGAAGUAAACGGCAAUUAAAACUGCUCACAUUCACGUCUCUCAUCGCUGUUGAUGUCUCUACGAAAUUUUUAUUCGUCUCUGGUUAUUCAGAAAUUAUAUAGAACAGACAAGGCUGUGUGGGCUUAUAUCCCCUUGCCUUUCCUAAUAAGUAAAAAUUGUAACAAAAAAAAAAACGUCUCUUGGUUAGUUAAAGCUGUAAUUUUCAUUUAAAAUGAUUGAACGCGGCUUGUAUUCUGCCGAGUAGUUGUGAUUAGCUUAAUACAUAACGAGUCGCUUCUCAUUAUAAAUGCGGUCACAACGAAUUCUACAACUACAUUUAUUUGACCAGCAUUCGU